CAUCAAGGAGGAGACAAGAUGGAUGCCCAGCAGCAGGUUCUGGUGGUCGGUUGGUACUGACCCGGUUUACAGAACAUUUGGUUCAUUUCUCCCAGACUAAUUUGAUCAUGAUCCAGUUUUAGUUCAGAUUUUUCUCCUGAAAAAAGUUUAAAAAAAAAAAAAAUUUACAACCCAGAAGGCUCGGCUGAAGCUGCGAUGGAGGUUCUGCCCAAACAGGACGGGUCCAGGUGGGUCCAGAACCUUCCAGGGUUUCAGCCAGGAUAAAUUGUGUGAAUGUUCCAGAAUAAAAGCCCGUCCUUCCUGAUCCGGUCCAGCUCAGGUGACUAUUGUGCCCGUCUGGUCCGAUCCGGUUGGGUCGGAUUCUGGCUAAAACUUCAGCCAGACUACUGCUGGGUAAACCUGCCGACCUGAGGUCUGCUGGUUCUGGUUCUGGUCCCCUUCUAUGACCACAAAUCCUGGAACAAACUGCCAGAAAACUGCAGUAGAGCCGAAAGUCUGAGAUCCUUUAAGGCUAAAGCAGGCGGGUUAGCUAUGAGUGAUUCAGUCCAGGCCCGGCGGCAUUGGGGGACAUUUGGGAACAUUUGGGAACAAUGGGGGACAUUUGGGAACAUUGGGGGACAUUUGGGAACAUUGGAACAAUGGGGGACAUUUGGGAACAUUGGGGGACAUUGGGGACAUUGGCUGCCCACAGAGACAGCCAGGCUUGUCAUUUAUUGGCAGUGGACCCGGAUCAGGACUUUGAGGAUCUUCUCGGGGUGGUUACCAUGACUACCAGGGAAACUCCGCCUGCUACGUCGUGUUCGGCAUGGCGAUGGUUAAGCCAUCCAUGUUCUCUGAUGGACUGAAGACCUGUCCGACCCUGGAGGUGGCGCCAUAGACGAUGACGUGUUGACUGUUGACAAGCUGUUGUCAUAGUAACAGCAUCCUCAGAUUUAGAUUGCUGAUUGCUGGGCCUCACCUGUGCGGGGGCGGGACCAGGUGAGCCGUCUGACAGGAAGCUGCUGCUUAGCUCCAAACCCAUUAGCAGUAAUUGGAGGAUUAGAGCCUCAGAUGAUCCGCUGCUAAUCAGAUCAGGAGCGGCUUUAGCAGGACGCCAGGCUGCCGCUCACAUUCACACCUCCGCUCCGCUUCGCGCUGGUUCCUGCUGCCGGUUCCCCAUCAUGACUCAGAACCCUGCGGUCCAGUUCCUGAGCUCCUCCUGGGACGGCUUGCGGCUCUGAGCCUCGUCGUUCUGCAGACCCGUUCGGGACCGUCGCCGCGAGCCGACGCCAUGCCGUUCCUGUCGUUGAAGUUCAACCUGCAGAAGCGGGUCAAGCUGGCUCAGGGUCUCUGGAUGCUCUACUGGCUCGCCGUCAUCGUGGGCAUCAUCCUCUUCAGCCUCGGCAUCUUCUUCAAAAUCGAGCUGAGGAAGAGGAGCGAGAUCAUGGACAACAACGAGAGCCACCUGGUGCCCAACCUGCUGAUUCUGGUGGGCAUGCUGUCCUGCGGCCUGAACGCCUUCGGGGGGAAGCUGUGCCACGACUCUCUGGACCCCCAGAAGUUCUCCAAGAUGAAGCCGAUGCUGCGGCCCUACAUGCUGCUGUGCUGCGGCUUCAAUGCGCUGCUGCUGCUGCUGGUGCUGCUCUCCUUCCUCAUGCAGUUCGCCGUGUACCUGACGCUGGCCGAGGGCCUGAAGAACGCCAUCCGCUUCUACAAGGACACGGACACGCCGGGACGCUGCUUCAUGAAGCGGACGCUGGACAUGACUCAGAUCGAGUUCCGGUGCUGCGGAAACAACAACUUCAGGGACUGGUUCGAGGUGCAGUGGAUCAGCAACCGCUACCUGGACAUGAGCAACGACGUGGUCAAAGACCGUGUCCUCAGUAAUGUGGAGGGGAAGUACCUGAUGGACAGCGUCCCGUUCAGCUGCUGUAACCCCGGCUCGCCCCGCCCCUGCAUCCAGCAUCACCUGACCAAUAACUCCGCCCACUACGACUACGACCACCGCACCGAGGAGCUGAACAUCUGGAACCGCGGCUGCCGCCAGGCCGUCUUCUCCUACUACAGCGGCAUCAUGAACAGCAUCGGAGCGCUGCUCAUCUUCACCAUCGUCCUGGAGGCGGGGGACGUGGCGGGCCUGAAGUACCUGAGCACGGCCCUGGAGACGAUGGCCGACCCGGAGAACCCGGAGUGUGAGAGCGAGGGCUGGCUGCUGGAGAAAGGCUUCAAGGAGACGCUGGCCGACCUUCUGUCCAAGGUCAAGACCUUCGGCCGCGCCAACCAGGUGGAGGAGGGCGGGGCCUCCGCCGACGCCACCUGAAGCCCCGCCCACCAGCAUCCUGAGGUCUCUCCCCUCCCCUUCCCCCACCGCAGCCGUCUGCCCCCCCCCCCCCCCCCCCCCCCGCCCCCCGCCGAGCCGGGGGGCCGAGAGAGGAGGCGCCGCUUCCCGGACUGACGGACUCUACUGAGCAUGUGCAGAACACACACACACUGAACACAACACACACACACACACACACACACUGAACACACACCCUGCCAGAGAACUGUGUGUGUUUUCUUCCAGUCUGUAAAUUUGUCACCAGAACAUUUUAACUGAACAGAACCUGAGGUCCAGAUGACCUGAGCCCGACCGGUACCAGCCGGUACCACCUGGCAGCCCUGACUCCUGGCUUCCUGCUGCAGUGUCUCAGUUUGUCCUGCAGGGGGCGCAGCUUUGGAGGAUUCUUGCCAAACAUUUCUUUUUUUACGCCCAGAUUUUAGUUUGUGCGUCGCUGAUGGUCGGGUGGCUCGGUACCGGUUGGGUGGGUUGCUAUGGAAACAGACAGCCAAAGAGCAGGUCACCUUCCUACUCACCUGUGCAGGUAAACACUUCCACAUCUGGAGUUUAUGCAGAGCUGUGCUGCAGGUGUUCUGUUAGAGACACACAGCAGCAGGCAGGAAGUCAUGCCUAACUACAAAUAGUGACGUCAGAGUAACAGGAAGUGAUGUCAGAGUAUUUUACUAGCAGAUAGUAGAUGACAAGAGUUUCAACAAGUCGAUGUCACUGGAAGUCAGGUGGCCAGACUAGACUAUCUGUGUCCGGAUUCAAGGUCUGCAUCCUGGGAAGGAGAAUAAACCAAGACCUGAAGAGAGAAGCAGUGAAUUCACACAGGUGUUGCUUCCUCCAUCUGCCCCGCCCCCACCUCAGCGUAACUCAGGUUGCCUAGCAACCGUGAAGCAGAGAAAAACAGCAAGGGAGCUGAAGUUUGUUUUUCAGUCAUGUGUUACUGAUUCCUGUAUUAUUCUUCACCUUUAUAGUAAAGUCUGUUCAUAGGAAAAAAUGAAUCUGUUAGUUUGAUUCUAAAUGUUCAAACAUGUAUAGCACAUUUCUACCAGGAAUAAAUAUAAGCAAAUUAUUCAUUUUCAAAUAUAAUAGUCUCUGAAUCUCGGAUAAACCAUUAGAGUUAAAUAAAACUAGCAUGUUUGAAGGCUUAACUAUAAUCAAUCAAACCGAUUUGAUCAGGAAUAAAUUCAAUAGUAAACCAAACAUUUUACAGCUAAAUGUUAAAUGUCUGAAUAAUAUCUGUGUUUAAUUUCCAGUCACUGGGGAAACUAGCCGCAGUUUUUCUAACCAUGUUCUGCUCCGGUAAACCCAACCUGCAGCUGACAUGAGCCACCAUGUCAGAGCUGAUAUUGGAGACUUACACACUUACAUUGUACAAAAUCACGUUGUGUCAUUUAAAGUGUAAUGUAACAAAAUAAUUUACCGCUUUUCACCGCCAUCGUCGCUCUGCCUGAACGCCCGCUUGGGGACCCGCAAUGAAUUAUGGGAUACGGUGGGCCGACCCAUCCUUCAAAUCUGGGGAAAAGAAGGACACAUUUGGACGAGUCUUUGGAUUCGGACGGGCCUUCUCGCCACGCUAUGACGUAAUUGGCCUACAAAUCCGUCCUUCGACAGACGCAGACCCUGAAUUCGGACACAGCUUAUGACGUCAUCACUCAGGAAAUGAUGUCAGCACUUCCUGAGUACUGACAUCACAUUUUCACAGGAAAUUUGUAACAGGAAGUGAUGUCAGAGUGGUGUUUGUGGUGUUGCUGGAGCUGCGCCUGGCAGGCGGCGCUCAGGGCGAAGCUUCCCGUAGUCAGACUGAAACUCUAGAAAUAAAAAGUCCAGAACCAA